GGCGUCGCUCAGGUCCACCAAUGGAGAACGAACAACAACAAGCUCAGACCGCUCCCUCCUGCCGUGCUGGAUGUGGAUUUUUCGGCGCAUCGGCAACGGAAGGUUACUGUUCCCAGUGCUUCAAGAACACCCUGAAACGCCAGCAAGACACUGUGAGGCUGACUUCUCCUGUUGUUUCUCCUUCAUCGAUGGCCGCCACAUCUUCAGCCCUUAAAUCUGAGCCUUCAAGUGUGGAUAUGUGCAUGAAAGCAGCUGUCAGCGUGUCCGAUGAAACGGCGAAGAUGGACUGCGAAGAUAUUAUCAACGUUUGUGACCAAAUUAAUGAUGAUUCGGUGACGGUUGCGGAAAGCACUGCGCCAACGACAAUUACUGUAGACGUUCCUGUCCCGGUGAAAAAAGCAAAUAGAUGCCAUAUGUGUAAAAAACGGGUUGGACUUACUGGUUUCUCGUGUAGAUGUGGAGGAUUGUACUGUGGUGAUCAUCGAUACGACCAAGCGCACAACUGUCAGUUCGAUUACAAGACGAUGGAACGUGAAACCAUCAGAAAAAAUAAUCCUGUCGUCGUGUCGGAUAAAGUUCAAAGAAUUUGAAAACCCUUUGCUGCUUCUUCUCGGUGUUGUGCGCGAGCAUGAUCGUCAUCAAUUUGUAACGCUCCUUUCCCGAACAUCCUUACAACUAGUCCGAAGCGCAGUGUUUUAUACACCGAAUAUCAAUUUACUCUAUUUUUCUUUUUUUUUUGUCACAUCUCAUAGACUAUCCACACCCCUCUUUUACAUUACAUGCACCUUCUUUCUUUUGUCCACUUCAUACUGUAUCUGGGUCAACUGAUUUCCGUUCCUGGCGAUCAGUUGAUUCGUCUCUCAUUUUGUACUGUACACACCGUGUUACGAAUUGAACCAACUCGUAGUGUAUUUGUGAGCAAAUCUUGCAAACAUUUGCUUAUUUGACUUAUAUUCCGACUGUUAUUUGUCUUGGAUUCGAUGUGCGUAUUUUUUCAGUAAAACUGGAAAUUUACCACAAUGUUUCUAGUGUAUAUUUUCCCCUGGCUUUCUCUUUUCCUCUUUCCCCUUCAAUUUUCAAAAUAAUGCUCGUUUUUGUGAAACUUGAAAAUCAACAAUACAUAAAACGUUUUGGUGAC